AUGAACGGGACCAACCUUUGGCUCUGGGCACUGUGCUCGUGGACUGCUCUCACAUCAGCAGUCAUGAGCAGAAGUGACAACUGCACGGAUCUACUAGUGCCGGGUAUUCCCCACAUAACUCAGGCUUGGGGACUGUGGGCCCUCUUAGGGGUUGUGACACUGCUGCUUCUCAUCUCAUUGGCUGCACACUUGUCCCAGUGGACCAGAGGCUGGAGCAGGGGCCAUCUGGGGCAGGGACGCUCUGGAGGGUCUAUGGAAGAGGUCCCCCUGUAUGGGAACUUGUAUUAUCUGCAGACAGGACGGCUAAAUCAAGAACCAAGGCCAGAUCAGCAGGCUCCAGGCCCUGGAGGCCCUGCCAGGGCUGCAGAGGAGGUGAUGUGCUACACCAGCCUGCAGCUGCCGCCUCCUCUGGGACGGAUCCCUACCCCUGGGACUCCCAUCAAGUACUCUGAGGUGGUGUUGGACUCUGAGCCAAAGCCCCAGGUCUCAGGCCCGGAGCCCGAGCUCUAUGCCUCGGUGUGUGCCCAGACCCGCAGGGCCCGGGCCUCCUUCCCCGACGAGGCCUACGCCAACAGCCAGCCUGCGGCCAGCUGAGAUGGAGGGCCUGGACCAACAAGGCAUGCACUGCCUGGCCUUCCGAGCAGCAGGGCAUGAUUGUUCCCCAACCAGCCACGAAAGACUGAACACCAUGGCCUAGUCACAGGACAUGAUCUACCCUGAAAGUCCUAUCUGAACUGCGAGGGAGACAUUUCAGGAAAAUCAUUUCUUGAGGAUGGAGGAGCAAAGGCUGGGGCCCCCUCCUCACUCCAUUUUGCUAUCUGUUUCUGUCAGCCCCCAAAGUCCCAGGUUCUCACUUCCCCCUCCUUCCGGAGUUUAACCGGAUCCUUCCCCCACCCUCAGAGUCUACCCCUGAUACCCUGUCUCCGCACAGGAAGUGGUCAGUGGGGGAGGGGUAAAAGCCUGAGAGGGUGU